CAUGAUUCAGAUCUCGCCACAUCACCAAAACCGGCGAAAAAAAAAAAGUUUCACGUGUUUUCGUUUUUCAUCAAAAGGUUUCAGAUGACAUGCCAUUUAUUCAAUACAGAGUGUUGUUUUAUCGAAACAUUUUCGUUGCUUGAGGCUAAAGUAUAAAAACACUGUUCGUUUAAAUUUAUCCACGUGACAAAGUGACUUCCUUUUUCAGUACAACUGUCCACGAGUCAAAACAACAUGAGCACAUCGCAAACAGCUGUUCACCGGGGAAUCGUGAAGCAGGUUCUCUCGGGAGAUGCCGUGGUAAUCAGAGGACAACCUAAAGGCGGCCCUCCCCCAGAGAAAACAAUAUGCUUCUCCAACAUCACAGCUCCUCGUAUGGCCAGGAGACCCAACCCAGCACAGGACAAUGUGGAAACCAAGGAUGAGCCCUUUGCAUGGGAGGCCAGAGAAUACCUGAGGAAGAAGCUGAUUGGAAAAGAUGUGGCGUUUGUUAUAGAAUACACAGUCCCAGGAACAGGAAGAGAGUAUGGCUGUGUUUACCUGGGAAAAGACACAUCAGGAGAAAACAUCACUGAGGCUUUAGUGUCCGAGGGACUGGUCGAGGUCAGGAGAGGCGGAAUUAGGGCGGACGAUCCAGGUCAACAGCAGUUGAUUCAGCUAGAGGAUGUUGCAAAGUCUGCUGGGAAGGGGAAAUGGAACACCGAGGAGGCAGCUAAGCAUAUACGCAACGUAAAAUGGACGGUAGAAAACCCCAGAAAUUUUGUGGACUCUCAUCAUAACAAACCCAUUGAUGCUGUAAUUGAGCAUGUGAGAGACGGCUGUACAGUCCGUGCGUUCCUCUUACCAUCAUUCGACUACGUCACCAUCAUGCUGUCAGGAAUUAAGUGUCCAAUGUUCAAACAAGAUGACAGUGGCAAGCAGGUCCCCGAAACCUUCACCGAGGAGGCCAAGUAUUUCACCGAGGUUCGUUUGCUGCAGAGAGAUGUACAGAUCAUACUGGAGGGAGUGUCCAAUCAAAACCUGCUGGGCACGGUCAUCCACCCGAAUGGUAACAUUGCCGAGUUGUUGCUGAGGGAGGGAUUUGCUCGCUGUGUGGACUGGAGCAUGGGCGUGGUCACUCAGGGAGCUGAUAAACUCCGAGCCGCUGAAAAAAUUGCCAAAGAGAAGAAGGCUAGGGUGUGGAAGGAUUAUUCUCCCUCAGGACCGACAGUGGACAUUAAAGACAAGGCCUUCACUGGCAAGGUUGUGGAAGUUGUUAAUGGGGAUGCUUUGGUCGUCAAAACUGCAGAUAACAAGUUUAAAAAGGUGUUCCUCGCCAGCGUGCGACCCCCAAGAAAUACCACACCUGCUGACUCCACAGAAUCUUCUCCCAGCAAAGGUCGAGGUCGCCCUCUGUAUGACGUUCCAUAUAUGUUCGAAGCUAGGGAAUUCCUGAGAAAGAAACUGAUCGGAAAAAAGGUGAAUGUGCAGGUGGAUUAUAUUCAGCCAGCUAAUAACAAUUUCCCGGAGAAGAACUGCUGCACCGUGACGAUAUCUGGAAUUAAUGUAGGGGAAGCUCUGGUUGGUAAGGGUCUCGCCUCUGUCGUCCGCUACAGACAGGAGGAUGACCAGAGGUCUGAACACUACGAUGAACUGCUGGCUGCAGAAGCAAGAGCCCAGAAGAAAGGCGUGGGAAUGCAUUCCAAGAAAGAUGCACCGACCCAUAAAGUGGCCGACGUGUCAGGGGAUCCAAACAAGUGUAAGCAGUUUUUGCCAUUCCUACAGAGGGCAGGAAAGUCCGAGGCCAUUGUGGAAUUUGUUGCUAGCGGAUCUCGUCUCCGAUUGUACCUGCCGCGGGAAACCUGCCUUAUGACUUUCCUGAUCUCAGGUAUUGAAUGCCCCCGGGGAGCUCGUCCCCUCCCAGGAGGUCAGAUGACCACUUCUGAACCGUACGGUGAUGAAGCGCUUCAAUUCACAAAGGAAAUGUGCCUGCAAAGAGAGGUUGAAGUGCGAGUGGAGACUAUGGACAAGGGAGGUAACUUUAUCGGCUGGUUGUUCGUGGAGAACACUAACUUGUCUGUGGCUCUGGUAGAAGAAGGGCUAGCCAAGGUGCACUUCACCGCAGAAAGAAGCAAUUACUUCAAGCAGCUACAAAUCGCAGAGGAGAACGCCAGGCGAAACAAACUCAAUUUGUGGAAGGACUAUAAGGAAGCACCAGAAACGGAAGAAGUUGUAGAAGACACGACGGAGAGAAACGUAAGCUACAAGUCCAUUGUAGUCACGGAGGUCACAGACGACCUGAAAUUCUUCGCACAGUUAGUCGACAACGGACCACAGUUGGAGAAAUUGAUGGAACAGCUUAGACAGGACAUGGAAGCCAAUCCCCCGUUGCCUGGUGCCUACACGCCAAAACGAAAUGAUACGUGUGCAGCCAAAUUCUCCCAGGAUAAUGAGUGGUACAGAGCCAAAAUAGAAAAAGUGGAUGGAUCCAAAGUGACAGUGCUGUACGUUGAUUAUGGAAACAGGGAACAAACUACAACCACCUGCCUGGCUACUCUGCCUGCAUCCUUCCAGACUCUUGCCCCACAAGCCACUGAGUACUGCCUAGCCUGUGUAACCCUCCCACCAGAUGAGGACUUUAAGGCUGAUGGAGUGGAUGCUUUUUAUGAUGGAGUGGCAAACAGGCAGCUGUCCAUGAACGUGGAAUACAAAUCUGGAGGAUUAGAAUAUGUCAGCCUGACCUACCUGGACUCUAAAGAUGAUGUGGCACAGAAGCUCAUCUCCAGCGGAUUCCUGCUGGCAGAGAAACGCCGAGAGAAAAGACUGGCCAAACUGGUGUCAGAUUACAUGAAGGCGCAGGAAAAGGCCAAAUCUUCACGGGAGAAUAUGUGGCGAUAUGGCGACUUCACAGAUGACGAUGCUAAGGAGUUUGGAUAUUCCAGGUAGAUGAAUCUGGAGUCAAGACCCACCUAAAACAGGAAAAAAAUAAGUCGUACACAUGCGGAAUCUAGCUUUGUUUAGCCAACACAAGUGGAAUCUAGGAAAUUUUCAUUUUUAUUCGAAUUGUUAUACAUAUAUAAUAUAUAUAUAUAUUUUGCAAUUUACUUAUGAAUGUACCGGACAAAAAAAAUACAGUCAGAUGAAUUUUGUUUUGUUAUUGUUUUCUUAUUGAGUUUUUAUAAGUACAUGUAUGUGAUAAAUUUCUAUGCAUUGAUUAAUUUAACUAACCCUUAAGUUUUUACCAAGUACGUAGACUUACUAGUGCUAUUAUUAUUUAACAAGUCAGCUGAAGUCAUGUGAAAGAGACCUAUACGAAAUUGUGCAUGUUUAUGAGUGUGUGUUUGUAUUGGCAUGUGCAAAUAUUAGUUCAUUAUGUUUUAAAAAGUCAUUUAUUUCAUUUGUUGCAUGUAUUAAUUAGAGACAUGAAUGUGUAGGAAGGAUUCUAAAGGGUGUAUAUACUAUAUCUAAGUAGCUUGUGAGGCUGAAAGUUUUAUUGUCCGUUUUAUUCAAAUUUUGCUGCAUUAAUAUGUAUAAUAUUCAGAAAUUCUUGUAUUCAUUUAUUUUUUCAAGGAUGAAAAUUAAUUUCAGUGUCCAUUUUUGAAAUGGAAAUUUAACCAUGUAAGUCUACUGAUAGUUGUGUCAUGUAAACCUAUCGAAAGACUAUUGUGUUAAUCUAUUUAUAAACUAUCAUGUAAAUCUGCUGAUAAAACUAGAGUGCCUGUGAGUGUCUUCCACUGAAUGAAGGCAAUAUUAUUUAUUGGGCUCUGGUGUAAUUAUUUUGCUGUAAGAUUGCUCUUCAGAUACCUUAAUGUAAUCAACAGCCCUUCAAACUAAUCGUCAGGCAGUACAGUUUUGUAGGAUUAAUAGAUCUAUGGACCACCAAAAAAAAACCAGGGCUGUUUUGGAAAGGUGAUAUUUGUAUUGUCAUUGAUUUUAAGACUUCAAUCUGGUGAAAGAUUAUUGAAUCAUAUCAUGUGUUUGUAGUUUUUUUUUUUUUUUCUUGUCUGACUGUAUUUAAUGGAUGAGGCAUUGAUUUACGUAUAUUUUGCUGGGCAUGCAUGCAUUCUGGUUGCCAUGACAUGUCGUAAAAGACUUUGAUAUUAUAAAAGUUGACAUUUGCUGCAUGUUGAAAAUCUUGGUUGUACUUGUAAAUGGAUCAUUUUGUCCUGUUGGUACAUUCUUUCUCAUCUAAACGUUUUAUCUUUAUAACGACAGAAUAUGAGUAAAACAUUAAUUGUUGUAAUACAUUCAAUAAAAAACCCUGAAUGUUUAUGAAAAGAAUGUUAAUUUCUACACUGGAAAUGCAAUGUAUUUCCAUUUCUUUAUGUCUAAAAUAUAAUGAAAUAGUAAUGAACAUUCAUUAAUGGCCAAUAUUUGAAUGCCGAAUUGAUUGUUGCAAGGUGCUUUUUCGUGUGUUUGUGGUUUUUUUUAAUAAGGAUCUGUCAAUUUGUUGAAUGUAUUAAGAAACCAACUGUUAACUUCAUGUAGCUCAUCAUGUGACCAUGCCAACCAAUUGCAAAUCUGUAUUGACAGACAAAUAAAAUGCUGAAGGCUGCA